CUGUAUGAUUGUGAAUGUUUAUCGUAAAGAAUAUGUUUUUCUCAAUUAAUACUUACUUAUAUACUUACAGAUACUUUACAGUGGACUGGCUGGUAAAUAAAUUCACUAGUGAUGGAAAGAAAUACAAAUGUUUUUCAAUUUCAAGGCUCCAAAAUGAUUGUUUCUGCCAAAGGUCCAAGCACUAACUUCACCAACAAAAACUUCACCAUGGACACUAGUUGUCGUCCCAACCUGUUCUCUUCCACCUUGAACAUGCCAUGGAAUUUUCAAAAGCAAAGUUCUGCAGCAUCAGUGGCCAGCAGCCAACGGAGUAUAUACCAUAGAAGGGACACCUCUCCCACUGCCUCUAUCCGCAGUGACUUGCAGCCCCGAAAUUUCCACCAACCUUUCUAUCCAAGAGGCUUUUCCCAACAAUCAGUGUACAAUGACAGAGCAGUAUCACCAGUCUCAAUGAGAAGUAUUGGCUCCACAGCCAGUCGGGCAGAUACAAUCAAAUCUUAUAUUGAUGCAAUCGAGUGUUGUACAGAAGAUGAAUUGAAAAUUAUUAAGCAUAAGAUAAGACAUCUUGAAUAUAGGAAAAAAGCUCAGAAGAGGCGGAAAAUGCAGAUAUCCUUAAAGAAUUUCCAAAAAAGGUAUGAGGAUGACAGUGAACAAGGGUCAAGCUCAUCAAUCAGCAAUGAUGACUGUGUGUCGACACAGACAGGAUACAGCUGGAGACAGUUCUCUCAAAGAAAUGGUUUACUCCAAAAUGAGAAUACCUUGUACUCCCAAAAUAAUACAAUGUGUGGUCCUAAAAAUACCUUCUUCUCUCAAAAGUAUACAAGUGGUGAAGCAAAAAUCUCUUCCAUGCAAAGAAACACUCUUAAUGCCUCCAUAUGGUCAACUAAAAGCAUGCAAAAUAUAACAAUGAUGUCUCAAAGGGAUAGGUUCACAGGUGGAUUUCAAUUCCCAUCUCAAAAGUUUAAUAGGUCUACACUUUAUGAAGAGCAACACCCAGUUCGAAGCAAGCAGUUCCUAAAGGCAGAUUGUGCUAACAAUAAAAAGAUGAAUGUACAAAGAGCUCAGAUUGAAGAACUGAGUGAUGAAAAUGACAACAUAUUCCUUGAUACAACAGAAAAACAAAGAACAGUAGUAAAGAAAAGUGAAAAGAGAAAAGCUGAAAGUUUAAGUGACAUACCAAAUCCUACUUCAAAGAAACCAAAAACUUGUUUGAAUAAUGAGAAAGUUAAGAAGCAAACACAAAACAUAUUUAAUACUGAAAAGAAUGAGUUUGAAUUUGUGAAGCCACAAUUUCCUGUCAAGAAGUCUGCCCCUGCUAAGCCUCGGGAGAAAAUGAUUUCAAAAUCUUCUGGCAUUCCAGACCUACUUAGUAGUACUCAAGAGAAUGAAAUCCUGCAACCCCAGCCAGUACAAGCUCCCAGCCCAGAGCCACAUGUAGAACCUGAACAGCAAGAUAACCCAGGGCUAACUACCAGUGACAUGUCCAUGAGGCCUAGCUUUAUGAAAAGAAAACUAUUUACCCAGACACUUGAUGUCACUGAGAGAAAAAAUAAUAGCUUUGAUAGUGGAAGUGCAGACAGUCCACAAAGCAAUAUCUAUAGUGCAUUGUCUAGAGAAAAACAUAAGACAAGAAAAUUGGUCACCAGCCAGGCCCUUUUAAGUCGCGAUGUUAAUCAAGAUGACGAUAAUCUCUUAGAUUUGAUUCAUAAGAUUGUUCCUCCAAAUCAAGUGAAUUCAACUAUAACAGCUAACACCACCAAACCAAGGGUUAGUGGAACUAAGAAUGGUGAUUAUAAAUGGGACAUUACUUCAAUUAUAUCAACAUGUAAUAAUGACAGUGUCAGUGAAACUUACACAGAUGAUGAAAUAUUCAGAGUUAGUAUUGAUGAUACAAAGAGUAAACCACAAGAAAAACCUGUCUCCAAAAAAAAUAACAAUAAACUAGAGGUGAAAAAUAGUGUUGCAAAUAUAACUGAAACCAAGAAAGCUGAAAAUAAUGUAAACCCAAUAAAUGACAAAAAUGUCAAAGACAUUGUUAACGCAAGUAGCAAAAGUAGCAGAUAUUUAGGCAACAUUAAGCUUCAAAGUGAUAGAAAUGUUAAAAACCGUGGUAAUGCAAAUCAAAUAAAUAAAAACAAUACUAAAGAUGUUGAUAAUAUAAAAACAACAAAUAAUAAAAAUAUCAAAAAAAAUAUAGAGGAAAGUAAACUUACUAAAAUUGUUAAAGAGGUUGAUGAUAUAAAACUAGCAAAUAAUAAAAAUGUGAAAGAUGUUGAUAAUAUGAAGACAACAAAUAAUAAUAAUAUCAAAGAUGUUGAUGAAAUAAAGUUGACAAAUAAUAAAAUUUUCAAAAAUGUUGGUGUUGAAAAACUAUUGAAUAGCAAACGUGUUGUAAGUAGGAAUCCGCUUAGUAAUAAAAAAUGUAAAGACUUAGAUAAUAAGCAUAACAAAAACAACAAAGAUGUUAAGAGAAUGCUUCAAGCAGCUAUCAUCAUGGAUGCUCCUGUGAAACCUUGUCCCACUAAGAGAGUCAUGCUGAGCCGCAGCCGCAUCGACGCGUUCUGGGACACGGACGACAGCGACCACGAGAGCGCGGCCGCGCGUGCCCACUGGUCGCCGGUGCUGGAGCACCACCACACAGAUUUGGCACAGAACUACGGAAUCAAUCCCAAACAAAGCGCUCCGGACACCCCACCAACUUCAUCAACAAAAGUAAUAAUAACAAAUAAAGCUCCGGCGUCAAUUCCGAUAGUAGUGUUGCAGGACACCAUUGCAAAUCAAACUCAAUCAAAAACAAAGAAGAAGCCUGAUGUUAACUCUCAACCUGAAAAAACUGUUAAAAAUAAUAAUGGCACACCAAACACGUCCCUGAGGUCAAGAAGACUAAUAAACCGAUCAGCCGCGUUGGAAUCUGCUAAUCAUUCAGAUCUUAAAGAAAAUGAUACUUCACUUAAAGAAAAUAUACCACCUAAAACAAAAGUUCAAAAGAAACAAGAGGCUGAAAAGAAAAAAACACAGGAUAAAAAUACUAAGACUAAAGCCGACCCAAAGACCAAAAUCACAAAUAGUCGAAAUAAAAAAGAAAAUGACAGUUUAAUAGAUAACUCUAAAAAACGAGUGGAAACCUCAAAACGUCAUUGUAAAACUUCUAAAGUACAAAAACCAGCUGAUCAAAUUAAAAUUGAUUUGUGUAAAGUUCUAAGAUCACGCAACAUUGACCUGUCAUCUUCGUUCAAUUCUGACAAAUUUGAACUGACAAUGACCCGUACAAGAAAAUCUCGAACGCCAAGUAAAAUAAUUUCUUUCAAUAAGUCGAGAAAUGUGCUGGCCAACAACAAAAUCAGAAGUAGAGCAACAAAGUCGUGACCUACAAACACGAAUUAUAAAUAGUUUUUUUUUUACAUAAUUGCCGUGCCAUCUGCGCUGGAAACGGCGCUGUUUUUAUUACAACCAUUGAAUGGAUGUGGCUGAUUUUAAAUAAGCUAAACUUUGUGGUUUUAUCGCAGAAUGAAUCAUAUUAGUGUUGGGUACCUACUUUAUACAGCCAGUAUAAAAUUUAAAUAAACAUAAGUAGCAUGAUAAGUUUCUUUUUAAUGAUAACAAAACGAAUUAUUUAAAAAUACUUGUAAAUAUAACCACAACUAUUUGAUUUGAUGUAUGAGCUAUUUUAUAUAGUAGGUAUUCACAUAGUACCUAUUCGUUGCGGGCCCCCAUAAUUAUAAGUGUGAAUAUAAUUAAUAAAGAGCACAUUUCUUGUUUCCAAUACAGAGUCCGAACGUCCGACAUUGACUCUACUUUUGUCAUUCGUUUUUGUAAAAAGCGGCCAAGUACUAGUCGGACUCGCCCAUGAAGGGUUCCGUACCAUUUAUGACGUAUUAAAAAAAACUACUUACUAGAUCUCGUUCAAACCAAUUUUCGGUGGAAGUUUGCAUGGUAAUGUAUAUCAUAUAUUUUUUUUAGUUUUAUCAUUCUGUUAUUGUAGAAGUUACAGGGGGGGGGGGGGGGGAACACAUUUUACCACUUUGGAAGUGUCUCUCGCGCAAACUAUUCAGUUUAGAAAAACUGAUAUUAGAAACCUCAAUAAUCAUUUUUGAAGACCGAUUCCCCACACGUAUGGGUUUGAUGAAAAAAUUUUUUUUAGUUUCAGUUCUAAGUACCUAUGGGGAGCCCCAAAAUUUAUAGUUUUUUUUUUCUAUUUUUGUGUGAAAAUCUUAAUGCGGUUCAUAGAAUACAUCUACUUACCAAGUUAGAACAGUAUAGUUCUUAUAGUGUCGGAAAAAAGUGGCUGUGUCAUAAACGGACAUGACGAAUCUAUAAGGGUUCCGUUUUUUGCCAUUUGGCUAAGGAACCCUAAAAAGGAUCCAUAAGACCAUGUAAAUUCGUCGCGUAACAUAAUAUUAAGUGUUUUCGGUUAAUAUACGGCAGUGGUCUGGCGGUUUAAAGUAUGAACUAUUUUAUGAAUGAUUAGAAUUACUAAACUAAGAGAUAUCUGACAUAUUUUAUUAAUAUUAUUUUGUGUUAAGUUAAUAUCAAUCGUGUUAAGUUAUAAUAAAUGUAACGUACCUAUCUUAACCGAGCUGAUGAGCAAAAAGCAUCCGCUAGGUGCCGAAAGGGUUUACGUUUUCGUAUCGCUAGGAGGAUCACGGCUUCAAGGACUGUCCCGUGUGAUUAGCCAACGUGCCAAUCGUUAAAGCUCCGUAGCGUAACGUAGACAUCUCUCUAUAUCACUCAUCCAUAUUAGUGCGACAGUGACAGUUACGUUUCGUUCGCUAUUGUGCGUUAACGAUUGAGACGUUGGCUAGGACACGACACGAUUGUCCCGCGUAAGGGCCCAUUUAGACGGUGCGAGAACUCGCAUACGAGUUUUAAGACAUUGCUAUAUUUGAUGCGUCGUCGAAUGGGUUGUAACCUCAAUAGUCCGUGAGCCGUCUAAAUGACCCCUUAGGGAGUGACAUAUGAGUACUGUAAGUUAUGGAAUAUAAAUACAUGUUAUUUUAACAAUAAUAAAUGUGUGUUGAUGCAAA